CAAAGAUAUCAAACACUUUGAGAAGGAUUUAAUUUUUGUCUUCACUUUUACUUAUAGUAUGUUGUAAGUUUCUAGACAAAACCCUUUUGGUUUUAUAAAUCUCUUUCUGACUGCCUGUUCGUGGUGCGUAGCAAAUGGAUAGCACUGUACCUUCUGACAGUAGCACGUCAAAAUACCAUGUCAACAAAGUUUGCAUUGGUGCAAAAAGAAAAAAAGGAAAAAAAUCGCUAGCUGGAGAAAAACGAGCAGAAACAAUAAAAUAUUAAAACACAUUAAACCCCUAGACAAACAAUGUCCAUUUUUAUCGUCGUUAUACAUUAACGGGCAUGAUGCGAUAAACAUUCGCUAUUCGCAGUGUAGUCCAGGUGGAAAGUUGGCAUACUAGCUCGCAGGUGUAUCUAUCCAAUUUUCCGAACGUCCGAUAAAGGUGCAAAUGUGCAGCGAUUUGCUCGAUAGUGCAACAUUCCGGACGGGUGUACGGUGGGCUCGGAGAAAGUGAAAGUGAAAAACGUCUGCCCUGGGGGUAUUCAUAGGUAGUGGGAAGGAAAGUUACGUACCUGGUGCGGCGCGUUUGUUUCUCGGUUGUGUGGUGGAAAGGUCUCCGACGUGGCUUGGUGACAAACGCAGCAAAAAGGCUUCAACAUGCGGACAUAUUCGUCUGGGUGUAGGCGAUGGAUAGGACUGGUCACCAUUUGGAUGGUGGUGGCGGGUGGAUUGCCAGAAGUGAAAUCCGCCCACCUUAGCGGCACCUUCGAGGUGGAUGAGUUUUUCCGCUUUCUGCACAAGUUCGGUUUCCAGAAGACGGAAAAACACUCCCAGAAGGACACGGAAUGGGACACGUUUGGGUACAUCUACGGAAACAUAACGUCGAAGGUUAACUUUACUGUUCCGGUUACGUUGGCUGUACUAGAUAAGCGCAGCUUCCUUGAAUACUACGCGAACAGGAACGAUUACGAUCGAGAUGUGGCCUGCCAGCGGAUGUUCGAGAAGCUGGAUAAGAUUGUUUAUAGUCGGGCUUGCAAUCCUCACGCGGAAGCGGAUUAUCUGAGGCGAAUUCCUUGCGAGAAAGGAAAGCUAUGCGUGGAUGAGGAUACACGAGAAAACGUCGUGCCGGGCAGUCAGUUCACGUUCGUAAUUAGUGAUCCUAAUGUGCCAAGAUUCUGGUACGUGUCGAUGGUGGCCUGUUAUCAGAAUGCAUCUACCUGCCAGUGGCAUCAUUACGACUAUCGCAAGUAUCACACGGAACCACCAUCCAUCGAUUUCGAUAUUACGCUGGUGAACGGUAAUCCGAACCGCCAGACGCUUUCCUUCUUCAAUCCGCUGCUCUUUCACUUUUCCUUCGAUCGUCAAAAUACGCUCGAGAUGUAUUUGAUAUUUUUCGUCGUCUAUCUGCUGAUGGUACCGUUGCAAAUUUAUGCCGUUCGGCUCCAGAAACAUCCCGUCACGAGGCUUUUCACCGUAAGCCUUGUGCUAGAGUUCGUAAGCGUUUGUCUGCUACUCACGCAUACGAUUCGUUACGCUAUGAAUGGCGUUGGCAAUGAGAAGCUGGCCAUUAUGGGCGAUAUAUUCGAUAUUUUUAGUCGUACCUCAUUCAUGCUCAUAUUGUUGCUGCUGGCCAAGGGAUGGGCCGUAACACGGUUACAAAUUAGCGUCAGCAGUUGGAUUCUACUCAUGGUUAUUUGGAUACCCUACUGUGCCAUACAUGUGCUGCUGUACAUAUGGAACAGAACGGAAGUUGAUAUUAUUUCCGAUAUUGACGAGUAUCAGACAUGGCCCGGGUGGCUAGUGCUUGCUUGUCGUUCAACGAUGAUGCUCUGGUUCCUGUGGGAACUGCGUACUACAAUGAAGUACGAACAUUCGUCGCAGAAGCUAGACUUUCUGCUUCACUUCGGUGCUUCGAGUCUGGUAUGGUUCAUUUACCUGCCGAUCGUGGCCAUCAUUGCUGUGAAUGUUAGUCCGCUAUGGCGGUAUAAGCUCUUAUUAGGUAUAACAAAUUCAGCCGAUUGUUUGGCUUACUGUGUGAUGAUGGGUUUAUUGUGGCCUAACCGUGCCGGCCAGUAUUUGCUGCUAACGGGUACAAACUUUGGGGGUAUGGACGAGCUGGAUGAGUUCAAUGAAGCACCGCACAUAGUUCACCGAGACUCCGAUACGCUACACAGUAGCAACGGUGAUCUAGCGGUGGAUGAUUACUUGGACAACGAAGAUGAUGAGAUAGAGACGCUUGUGCUUAGUACGGACGAUUUGCUUCAUACGGGCAAUUCGUACUCGGUCGGUAGUGGUUCCGGUGGUGGCAGUAAACCGCUCACACUCCAUAAUGGUAACGCCAUGAACGGUGGUUUAGGUAAAGGAGGGCGAUCCUUCGACUAGAUAGUCCUAUUGUCGGCCAUGGAAAGACGUUUUGUGGCGCUAAGCAAAGAAAUCGUAUAAAGUCCUCAAAAGCACACCGAUGUCAACACGUAAACGACGAAUCUUUAGAACGAAUUUAAUUCACCCAUAGACCCGGCUGGUGUGUCAUUCCCACAAAACGUACGCUGGGUGUGUUGUCGUAAUAUCAGUGUAAAAGAACAAAGAAAAACUUUUUGAUACGUUUUGAAUUGAUACAGGUGACGUGCGGGAUGCCCUCCGGCCUGCCAAUUUAAUGGCACUCUAAUCUGGUCAUUGAUUGAUUGUUAAGAUACAUUGGGAGUGGGCAAAGAUGCAGAAAAAAGCAAAUAAGGUACCGGUAAUCCAAUCGACGAUACUAUUACGAUUAGUAUUAAAAAUUGGAGUUUGACGCUGCGCGUGCGUCUGUGAAAGUCAAAAUUCUUCCAUUUCUUAAAAAAUAUUCAUAAUUGAUAUUCUCUAUAUGCUUUCGAUAGCGCAUCCGUGCGUUCAGGCUAGGCUGUCGAUAAGAUCAUUUUAAUUGGGGGCCUGAUAUCCAUGGUAAAAAGACCGAAAAUUUCCAUACGCGUAAGGGUUUGUCUGUGUGUGUAUAGUAUCAAUUGUAGUUAAAUUUAUCGUAAGGACUGAGAAAACAAUGCGGCGCAAAGCAUCAAGUCCGACUAAAAAAAAAAACAACAACAAAACAAAACAAGUAUUGUGUGAUAUGAAAUUCAUAGCAAUUAUGCAAAACGAAUGAGAUAAAACUUUAACCUUUUUACUUUUAAGACCUUUAACGGUAAGCGUAGUGACACGAUUGUUGUAUAGAAAGCAUGCCAAUGUUAAGCUUUUCCGUUAUGUCCUCUCCAAAGCGCUAAGAUAAUGCGUCAUUUCCUCAUUUACUCAAAGCCCACAAGAAGUAUCUGGCAGGCAUCUGAUUAGUUGUUCUUGCACUACAGCGUGUUAUACAUUUCUUAUCUUUAGGAGGAAAAUAGUUUAAUGGUUCUGUGUUUUUAAAACUAUUCUAUCUAUCUAAUGUGUUAGUCUACUUUACCGGUUUGAUUUAGACAUGAACCCUUUUGUUUUUGAAAGAACAUCAUCCUAACUGGGCUGGUGAGACAUGGCUGGAAUGUGAAAAUCUCUCAAUUACUGUCACUGGCCCACUGGCAAACCACGUCAAUAUGAAAACGCUUCUACGAAAUAGUAGUAUUUUACAUGAAUCUAUCUAAUCCUAGCACACGGCAGCAAGUUACAGCAUUUUAUCUAUUCCUUCGUUGUUUUUACGCUCACAAGAUUUUAUACAACGGCUGUUUGUACACCAAAAGUGGAAAUGAAUUUUUUUUUUCUGCAAGCUUUGCCACUCCAUUCCACUCCUCUUUUGCCUUUUUGCCGAUGUGUGUUGGAAUCGGGAAAUCAAGCGCGAGAACCAAACAGAAGCAAAACAAACAAUGCAAAAUACCAUUUUAGCUUGUCUCUCAGCAAGGGAUGUAGAAUUUUAUUGUUGUUAGAGCCGGUUCCACUUUCACGUAAAGUUACUUAAUUAUUGCAACAGAUAUGGAAAGCUAAGCAGAGCUGUUAGAAAGAAUGAAGUCGUAGGUUAAAACAUAAUGAACACUUGUAGCGUAACCUAACUCACACAAAAACAAUACAAGAAACGUAAAAAAAUAACAAUGGCUGCAACGUAAUGUACCUUUUUUUAAAAGAAUCAUAGCUUUGCCGAGAUCCGGUUGCGGAUGCGUAGCGAAACUAGCUUAAGCAAAGUUGUGGUAGUGUGAAGGGGAGAAAGAAAGAAUCAUUACUACCGUAAACAAUGAUAUUGAAACUCAUAAAACCCCAUAAAGCGAGAACGACAAGGCGCGAAGGAGGGAACUGCGAUCGCUGGAACUCAUUUUCAAUUUAAAACUCAAUGUCGCUAGCAAAACAAAAAAUAGCUGCUGCUUUGCUGUAGGUUAUGCUCAAACCAGUUGUUGUGAGAGAUAUAAUUCAAUUAGAUGAAACGGAAAAGGCUAAUAUCAUUACACGGUCGAGUUAAAUUAUUUCCCAAAAAGUAAAAACACAUAAAGAGUAAUUUUAUAGCAAACAAAAAAAAACAAUGCGGAAAAUCCCGUACCUUUCGUUUCUUAAGAAGAACUUAAGUUUAACUAAAGAAUUUUAAACUACCAUUUAGGGCAACGCUUACCAAGUAGAUGAAGGUAAAGUGUGUGAAAGAUUCUUCGUUUGUUUUUACGGACCUAUGUGUGAGAAUGGUUAUUUAUUCUACGAUCAACUACGUAAACUUCCAACUAAUAAUAUAUAACCCCAGAUCCACUAGUUUGCGGGCAAGGGUAAACCAACAGCGAUGGUGCGCAGUGAGUUGUGAUAGAGUAAUAAGAAUAUUUUUCUACUGCUAAUACACUUAACGAAAACAAGACAACAGGAGUUCGCCUUGGAAAUUGUUCGAUACUCGCAAAUGGCCACGUUCGGGCCAAGAAACACAGGUGCGUGAGUUAGUAAACACUCCUGCUGUAACAACUUCCAUCUACUAUUGUGCAAAAUUUUCCACCAGACAUUUGGUAAUGGGAAAAGGCAAACGACAAAUGUCAAUAGAAGAAAAACAAACUUUACUUGUACAAAAAAACAAACAAACAAACAAACUACAAAUAGUUGUCGAAAAGUAUGAAAAUUAAAUCUAAAUUCUUAAGUGAUU